AUGUCAUACAAUGCCCCUUCUGGCCCGCCUCCUCAGCAGGACGGUGGCCCUUUUGCCAAUCCAAGCAAUAACUACGGCGGCUACAAUCAGCAAUAUAGCCAGGACCAGCAGUAUCAACAUUACGGCGGUCAACAGCAGCAGAAUCAAGGCUACAACCAGGGAUACGACCAGAACCAGCAGUAUAACCAGGGCGGCUAUGGCGGCCAGAACCAGGACCAGGAGGCCCAGAACAACGGGCCCUUUUCAGAGAAGCCUAACGAGUCAGAGAACUUUGACGAGGCAUUCAAGGUGUCAAAGCCAAAGUUUAACGAUUGGUACUUUGGGAUCUUCUUUCUUGCUACGGUGAUUGGUUUCAUUGUGGUGGCCGUCAUCACCAUCAGAGCCUUGAAGCAGACCUGGGACUUUCAAGGUGGUGGUUCCAUCUACGACAAUGCAAACACCUUCACUGUCAACAGUAAUACUGUUAUUAUGUUUGCCUUUUCCAUUGUCAUCUCUGUGGUGCUUUCGGUGUUGAUGAUCGUCUUGGCCCGUACCCAGGCCAAAUGGUUUAUCAUCCUCGGUCUCAUCAUGAACGUUGUUCUCGGUAUCGGUACGGCCAUCUUCUACUUUGUUGAAAAGUACUGGUCUGCCGGUAUCGUGUUUUUGUUGUUUUCCCUCCUUGCAGCCUGGUGCUACUGGAGUGCCCGUCACAGAAUCCCAUUCUCUGCUACGGUCUUGGAAAUCUCCAUUGACGUCAUGAAGAGAUACAAGUCUUCCUUGGUGGUGGCUGCCUUGGGUACCAUUGUCAGUGGUGCCUUCAGUGCCUUGUUCUCGGUUGUCAUUGUCUCUACAUAUGUCAAGUUUAACCCUACUGAAGGUAACCCUGGAUGUGAGGUUGACGGUGGUGACUGUUCCCAAGCCAAGGUGAUUGGUAUUUUAGUCUUCGUCUUCUUUGCUGGUUUCUACAUUUCUGAAGUGAUCAAGAACGUUAUUCACGUCACAAUUGUGGGUAUUUACGGUACCUGGUACUACUUGGCUGGCUCUGACCAGGGUGAGCCAAAGUGGCCAGCUCUCGGUGCUUUCAAGAGAGCCAUGACAUACUGUUUCGGUUCUAUCUGUUUCGGUUCGCUUACCGUGGCUCUUCUUCAAUUGCUCAGAGCUUUCAUUGAGAUUCUCAAGAGUAACGCUUUUGCUAGCGGUGACAACUGCGCCGGUUGCGGUUACCUUAUCUUGAACUUCUUUGUUGGCUUUAUCGAAUGGGCUUUCCGUUACUUCAACCACUAUGCCUACGUUUACGUCGGUUUGUACGGUAAGAGCUUCUUGAAGUCUGCCCGUGAGACCGUUGACUUGCUCAGAAACAAGGGUAUGACCGUUUUGAUCAACGACUGUUUCAUCAACACCUCAUUGAACUUCUGGGCCAUGUUCACCGGUUACGUUGCCGCCUUGUUCACUUACCUCUACUUGAGAUUGACUGAGCCAGCCUACAACAGUAACGGUGACUACUACGCCCCAAUGGUUGCUUUCACUUUCUUGAUCAGUGGACAAAUUACCCGUAUCUCCCUUGUGGUUCUCGAGUCUGGUGUCUCCACUUUCUUCGUCGCUUUGGCCAAGGACCCAGAGAUUUUCCAAAUGACCAACAGAGACCGUUUCGACGAUAUCUUCCAUCGACUGGUGGGAUUACCUCAGAAGUUUCGUAAGCUUCUAGCACCCAAUGCGUCCAAAUACCCUUCCAACCCUAAGAUCUCCCAGGUUGUCUGCCUUGGCAAUGUCACCCAGUCUAAAGAAACGUUGCAGUUCUUGUACAACAUAUCUCCCUCAUUCAACAUAGUACAAGGCGAGUUUGAUGAUGCUAACAUUGUUCCUCAGCAACUAGAGCAUGUGCUGGGCAGUUAUGCGUCGGUUCCUCAGUAUAAGGUUGUCACACUGGAUGACUUCCGGAUUGGAUUCACAAGUGGCCACCAAAUUGUGCCUAGAAACGAUCCUUUGUCGUUGUUGGCUUUUGCAAGAGAAAUAAACGUUGACAUUUUGAUAUGGGGAGGCACUCACAGAGUGGAAGCAUAUACGUUGGAUGGAAAGUACUUUAUCAACCCCGGGAGUGCCACGGGUGCAUUCCACUUUGGCUGGCCCGAAAUCGAGGACGAUGAAGGAGACGAAGAUGAAGGUGAAGCAAAUAGUCUAGAAAACGGCAAAGAGGAAACUGAAGAGAAGGAACUGGAUAAGGAGGAGAAGGAAGAGCAACCUUCAAAAGACGAAAAAGAAGAUACAGAGAAGGCCGAGGAGCAAGUUGAAGAAGAACAAGAGGAUGAUAAACUAAACGAACCAAUUCCAUCCUUCUGUCUUUUAGAGACCCAAGGGUCCAGGUGCACACUCUAUAUCUACACAUACAUCAACGACGAGGUCAAGGUGGAUAAAGUUAUUUACCAAAAGGACCAAUAA